CCGCCGCACGUCUCCUCAGCGGGCUCGCUCCGGCGGCGACUCGCCCGCUGCCUCUGGACACUCUCAGUACUGUAACAUCUCGCGCCACCUCCGACCACCGCUAACGAGGACCGCCGACGGAGCUCGCGAUUCGUUCUCACACCGCGUCGUAUCCACGUGCCCGUCUCGUUGCUCAACUAAGUCUUCCUAUAUAUGGCCAGCGGUCAGUACUAAAGAGUGAAAAUAGUGCUAAAUAGUAUAAUAAAAAUGGCCUGGGGAUAUUGGUCUGCGUCGUCAGUGAUGCCGGAUCGCGGCAGGAGUCCGCGUCGUGCUGGCACCUCGGUGGUACACUCGCAUCCGAAUCCACCGACUGCGAGGGAAGUGAUGGAAACACAUGACGAGAGCAUCAUCCAUACCGCCUCCACGUCCAGAGAUAGCCGCGACCACUCAGCUUCACCACAUUCAUCGUCGAACGGCGGUCACUCCCAUCAUCAUGAGGUGCGGCACGCAGUACCGGCCAGUGCACUAUUUGGAGAAAGUUACGGAGAACUGUCUAGGAGGCCGUCUCUGGAUUUAGGUUCGGUACGGAGUGCUUUAGCCUCGUGUUCGGGUGGUGGGACGCUUAGUGCGGGGUCGACGUUGACGCGCGGUGGUACCCUCGCUGAUUACUUACCACCGACGCCAUGCCCUCACCACCAUCGGGUUUAUGUCGAUCAUCACAAACACUACGAACAGCCGAUCCAGCCCGUGCAUGUGGGUGUACCCCAUCACUCACACUCACACGCCUCCAGUCGACAUCACACAGACGACGAAGAUGACUUGGAACCCGCUUACGCCACAGUGUUCCCGAACGUGCCGCCGGCGCCGGGCAUGCCCUGUGCCGGAGAAGAUCGAAGCAUCUACAGACGAGGCGCUAGACGAUGGAGAAAGCUUUAUAGAGUUAAUGGACACAUAUUUCAAGCAAAACGGUUUAAUAGACGCGCCUUUUGUGCCUUCUGCCAAGACCGUAUCUGGGGUCUGGGGCGCCAGGGUUUCAAGUGUAUCCAAUGUAAGCUGUUGGUUCACAAGAAGUGUCACAAGCUGGUCCAGAAGCCGUGCUCCAACGAGCACGUGGACCCCAUCGAAGUCAAGGAGGACGCGAACGGAGAGGGCACUCUUGGUCUACGUUCCUCUGUCAGGUCCCGAGCUGAUCCAGAACCUUUGCCCGAGACUCCUCCCGCACCGGCCCCGGUCCGUAACGAGGACCUGGAGCCCGGCUCCCAGCGGCAGUACUCUCUGGAUGACUUCGAGCUGAUAAGAGUCAUCGGACGAGGGUCCUACGCUAAGGUACUCAUGGUUGAGCUGAAGCGGACGAAACGCGUGUACGCUAUGAAGGUGAUCAAGAAGGCUCUGGUGACUGAUGAUGAGGAUAUCGACUGGGUGCAAACGGAGAAGCACGUGUUCGAGACAGCCUCCAACCAUCCCUUCCUGGUGGGGCUGCACUCCUGCUUCCAAACACCCAGCAGACUGUUCUUCGUCAUAGAGUUCGUUCGCGGCGGAGAUCUUAUGUUCCACAUGCAGCGCCAGCGCCGUCUGCCGGAGGAGCACGCCCGUUUCUACGCCGCCGAGAUCUCUCUGGCGCUGCACUUCCUUCACGAGCGAGGGGUCAUCUACCGUGAUCUUAAGCUGGACAACGUGCUGCUCGACCACGAGGGACACAUCAAGCUCACCGACUACGGCAUGUGCAAAGAGGGAGUGCGUCCGGGAGAUACGACGUCUACAUUCUGCGGAACACCUAACUACAUAGCUCCAGAGAUCCUUAGAGGUGAAGAGUACGGGUUCUCAGUAGACUGGUGGGCGCUAGGGGUGCUCACGUACGAGAUGCUGGCCGGAAGGUCGCCCUUCGACAUCGCACACGCCGCUGACAACCCUGACCAGAACACCGAGGACUACCUCUUCCAAGUGAUCCUCGAGAAAACGAUUCGUAUCCCUCGUUCGCUGUCGGUGAAGGCCGCGUCCGUGCUGAAAGGCUUCCUGAACAAGAGUCCCGUGGAGAGGCUCGGCUGCGGAGACAACGGCUUCCUCGACAUCGUUAACCAUCCCUUCUUCAAGAGCAUCGAGUGGGAAAUGUUGGAACAGAAGCAGGUUGUGCCGCCGUUCAAGCCGCGCCUGGAGGGUGAGAGGGACCUCGCCAAUUUCCCGCCAGAGUUCACCGACGAGCCCGUACACCUCACACCGGACGACCACACGGUGAUCGCGGACAUCGACCAGUCCGAGUUCGAGGGCUUCGAGUACGUGAACCCGCUGCUGAUGUCGCUCGAGGACUGCGUGUGACAACACGCCUGCCGCCUGCAUCCCUACCAUCCGCUACACACGCAGGCGCACGGGUACGUGGCGGAGUCGUCGUCGUCUGACUACGACUCGGUGUGCUCGGAGUUGCCGCGCAAGCCGACGCUGCUGCAGCACAUGUUCUGUCUGCCGCUCAACUGACGCACACACACACACACACUCACUCACACACACACACACACGAGUCACUGAUAAUUCUGUAUAAUUAAUUUGAACUUCAUUUCCAUUACAUUUUAUUUUGUCAGAUCUUUAUUCAGAUCAUCGUUUGGUUGUUGUGGACUUGUCGCUGUUUUUAUAAUAUUACGUUAUUAAUGUGUUCUCUCUGUAAUUGUGCUAUUUAUUAAGUUUAAGUGUCUUUAAUUAAUUUCUUUUUAGUAGUUUUAAGUUUACAUUUUCUCGGAGAUUAACAUUCCUGUUGUUUGUCAAUUUUAUUCCAUUUAUGCUAUAGUAAGAAUAACUUUUAACGUAACACUCGUGCUGGUUGAUUACAAUGGAAUUGAUGCGGUUCGCUCUAAACGAUAGUCGGGUGCUGGGAUGAUGAUAGCGAUGGGGAGCAGGAGAGGCGAGCGACUUGUACAUACGACUCAAACUUAUAAAAAUUAUAAUUAUAUAACUAUAUUAAUACUAGCCUUGUAUUUUUCAAAAUUAUUCGUAUAAUCGGUAUAUUUCUCCAUAUACAUUAUGUAAGGGUCUUAAAUUAAAAAAAAAAUGUUUAACGCUUGUGUCUACAAAAUGUUAUGUAGUGAAGAUGUUUGGUGAGACUUUAAUAUUGAAUUAUCCUAGGAGAACGUUUGACGGCGCGAUGUCGGUGGCCGCCAACAGAUGGCGUGCUCGUUAUUAUAAUUAAAAUGACGUCAUCGCCGGACGUCAUCGAAUGCUGAAUCAAAAGCAAUAAUCAUACUGUAGUUAUAUCUGAGUUAUCCUGCUCUAACGCACGUGAGGAAUUAAAUGUAGUGAAGACUCGCCCCAGCCGACUCUAGACGCCCUAUAGUCUAGACUAAGGUAGCUCGGUCUAGCUCGGUCUAGUUAGGUUGCUAGUUGACUCUCUAGAUCUAUUUUUUGUCGUGAUUUGUAAACGCAUCCUUACGCGGAGUUGUGGAUGUUUAACACGGAGUAUCGAAGUAAGACUUACGAUGUAUCCGUUGCAUUAUUUGCUACUGAUAUUAUUACGGGAUUGGUCGCGAGUGUUGCUUCGACGGUCCUCACAGUAACUCCGCGUGCAUUCUACUCGUAUAGAACUUUGACGAAGUCAUUAAUUAUAAUAUAAGUAAUCAUAUAUCGGAGACCUUGAAAGUUACUCACGGCUCCAUCUAGUGUGGACGGGGGGCGUUAGUGUGUCGGUUAGCGUUCUAAACGUUACUAUUGUUAAUACAAAGACACGCCCAAGUCAUUAGAGAUCCUCUCGCAAGUCACAUUGAGAGAGCAUUCAUGUUCAUGUAAGAUAUAUUCCAAUCCCUCAGUAGAUCCUCUUCUCUCGACGCUGACUCACGUUUAGGUAGCCAACGAAUUUUAUAUAAUAAAAAUUAUAAUGAACUAUUAAUAAAGAGCACUGAAACAAAAUUUUAAUGUGUAUAUUAUAAAAAGGUCGGUUAUGAAAUCAUCGUUAACUGUAGAUGAAAAGACUUUAUAUAUAUUUAAAUUUUAAAAAAAAAUCUAUCGUAAAGGAGCGAAGUGUCCACAACUAUUCUAAAUAGUCGUAGUACCUAUUAGAGAUUUUGCACCGAUAUUUUAGUGACGUCACGCGCGAUACUUCCGCUCUAUAUAUUUGCUGCCGGUGAUAGUGUUGUGCCGCACGUUGUACCAUUCGCUGUACCCCGUGUUGUACUAUUCGUGGUUCUGUGACUGUGUACUCAAUGUUACUUAAUUUCUAUUGCGUUGUGUCGCGCCUGCGCGGGCUGCGUCUAGUGUAUUAUUUGAAAUAAAAGUAUUUAAUUCGUAUUUUCAUAUAUUUAGGUUGUACUUUUAGUUAAUGUUUAAUCAUUCCAUAUCUCAAAGCGUGUGGAAGUAUUUUCUAUUAAAAAUGACAUCACAUUUGGUUGCAUGCAUGUUUGUAUUAACUUACACUGUCUCUAUUAAAGGCGAGGGAAUCUAUUGUUCCUGCGAUUCAUACUUAUCGCAUGACAAGAUAUUACAGGACGUGUAAUUUUUGCGAAGUCUGAAAUUGAAAGACCGUUGUUUCUCGAGCACGUCCGGACAAAUAUUUUAAUUUAAGCACAACGUUCUGUUCCGGCUCGCGCUGCUAUUGGUUUGUAUAACUGCCUACACUUGUUCGUUAAGUUGUCCGUGUGUCGUAAACGCCUAUGUAAUUGUUACUUCUCGUGAAUGGCUGGUGCGUGGAAUGUCGACUAGACUGUGAGAAAUUGAGACACUGUACUGUUCUAUGCUUAACUGAAAAUAAAAAAAAUAUAUAUGAUUAAUCCGA